CACAUACAAGCGCAUUCUAGGAUCGUCGAUCAUCGACACACACGCAGAGUCUUUUCCAUGUCAUGUGCUCUACAAGGGUCACUGUGUGGGUGAGGUGACUGUAUACCCACAGCACGGCAGAGCACGGCACGGCUGGCUACAUCACCAGCCAGCCCGCCGCCCAUCCAUCCACUCUACAAUGCCUACCGUCUCUGAGGUUACUUACACUUACACAAACAGACAGACAGACAGACGGGCAGACAUCGAUCGCCCAGAAGCGAGGGCGCGGCGCGCCCGCCGCUCCUUCGUCGUCACCUGCUGGUACCUGCACACACACAUCCACAUCAACAGAGACGACAACAGCCAUCAAUCAGAGAGAGGGGAGGCACAAAACACCAUCACACACCACACAUAGCACAGUCCACACCAUCAACAGUUAGUUGUGCAGAUAUGUUAGCGGCUAACACAUGCAUGGCAUGCUGCCGUGCCGGUCUCAUGCUACGCACGCCGCAGGUCGCCCCCUCCCUCCCCCUCAUCGGUUGCCCCCCAAUUGCCGUGUGUGGUGUGAGUGCUGUGCCGUUCGGUCGUUCGUUCGUUCUACAGGCGUCUUCCGGUUGUUCCAUCACACACAGACACCACACCAUCAACAACGACACGCCCGGUCGGUGGUCUGUUGACCUUGUUGGCUGUCAGAUGACGCCGACGGCGCCAAAGCAUGCCGCUGGCCGGGCGGGCUCGACGACGGCUGCACCACACGCCCCAUGGUGGCCAUGGGUAUAACAGGGGGGAAUGGAAUGGUCGACAUCGGCUGCCAUGGCACGUGGGACGGCACGGGGUCCGCAAAGGGGUGUGGCCGGGUCGGGGGAUGCACCCAUGGCAGGUGCAGGUGCAGCUGUGGCUGGGGCUGCGGCUGUGGCUGUGGCGGCACUGUUGGCACGUAAUCCACCACCAUCAUGCUGCUGCUGGUGCUGCUGGUGGUGUCCCCCCAAGCGGACCCCCCAUGUGGCAAUGGUGUGGGUGUGGAGGUGGAAGGGGUGGGUGCGGAUGAUGAUGUGGAUGUGUCAGGGGGUGGGUGGGGGCCGCCCAGGCACGGUACGGCCAGGGGUGUGCAGUACUCACCGUUGGACAGGUGUGGGGGGCUGCCGUGGUCGGCGGUGCCGUUGGCCUGCUGCAGCCCUCGGGAUGAUGCCGAUGCGGCCGCAGCGCCACUGCUGCCGUUGAGGAGGUCCAUGGCUGCAGGGGGGAGGGGCUUUAGACCGAGAGUCGCCUCGAUCGUCGCUGCAUACAUUCACACCACACAUGAGGGAUCGAUUGUUAUUUCCUCGUGUGUCGUUUCGUGUUGGCUGUGCUGGCUGACGCUUGGUGCUCCAGACUCUGAGGGUCUGGUCGUCCGACGCCGUCAACAUCCUGAAACCACACACAAAGCCGCAACAACACGCCCAUUCUCACUCUCUCGCUCUGUCUCUCUGCGUGUGUGUCCACCGAACCAACCAAGGGCUGUUGGGUGGCCAGGCAAUACAGUUGACGGUGGCAGCGUGUCCCUGCAGGACCUCCAGCAGCGAGCCGAAGUGUCGGUGCCAGAUGUACACCUGGGUGUCCUCCGACCCGCUGAUGACGUACGUCUCCUGCGGACCGCCGAAACACGACCUCACCACAAACCGCCCCUGAUAGUGGCCACGAUACCGCUAAACACACACACGCACAGAGAAAGAAAGAGAGAGAGAGAGAGAAUGAAUAAAUGAAUUCCAUCCACUGUGGUGCCCCACACCCACCCCACAGGCACACGAUAGUAGGCACCUGGACAAUUCUCCUUUCUGUGAGGUCCCAGAGGCGAAUGACUGGCGUCUGGUGGGAGAUGUUGACCAGCACCUGGUCAGCUAUCGACGAGACCGUCACGGACGUCACGGGAUCCGACUCGGGCAGACUAAAUGGAUGGCCACACACACACACACACACACGCGGAUGGAUGGAUGGAUGGCUGGAUGAGUCCCACCCACAUCAGCUACACCUGAAGAGUUCCCUCUUGGAGUGCAGGUCGAUGACUUUGAUGCUCUUCUCCGACGUCACCACGAGCAUCUUCUUGCCGUCGCCUGACGGACGGAAGAAAGCAUUGCAUGGACAGACACAAUGAAUGAAUGGCAAAUGAAUGCACCACUCGUGCGUGACGUGGCACGAUGUGCCUGCCUACUUGUGACGGCUACGUCCUGGAUGCGCGAUGAGAACAUCCACUGCUGCUCCUGACCAAUCGGUGGAUGGAUGGAUGGAUGGAUCAGCACACACACACCGAUGCGUGUCGGCUGGUUGCUCUGCCCACUCACUUCGGUGGGGUCAUUGAGGUUCCACAUGUAGAUGCACUUGUCGAUGCCGGCAGACACGAACCGCUCGUUGUCUUGCAGCCAACACACGCUCGCCACAGACUCUGUCGGACACACGCAUCGCAUCCACACAACCAUCCGGACCUCACACACACACACACACACACACGGGCUUGCGGGCUCAUGUCAUGUAUGGCUUCACCUGUGUGUUUGGUGAUGACCCUGACGCACUUGGCAGUGUCGGAGGCCCACACCCUGACGGUCUUGUCGUUUGACGCGGUGGCGAUGUGCGCGUCGUCGGGGGACCAGGCUAUGAAGCUGCUGGCGUCGCUGUGGCCGAUAAGGUGCUGAACCUGAUCGCAUCGACAGGCACAUGGAUCACACGACACAGACAGCACAGCACAGCACAGGACGGCGCACAGUGGGUGUGUCGUUCUGUGUCUUUGGGUGUGGGUGCAUCCCGCCAGACCUUUGUGAAUGCGGUGCCCUGGCAUUCCCAGAUGAUGACGGUCUUGUCCUUGGACGACGACGCUGAUGAAAUCACACACACACACACACACACAGACACUCAGAUACAUUGAUGGGUCCCUCCUCCGCCCACCAAUGUAUCGGCCGUUGUGAGAGAUGGCGACGAACCACACCUGCACACACACACACACACACACAGACAUGCAUCAGACACACUACGCUCGCCGGUAUUGUUAGGGCAUGUGUGUGUGAUGUGUGACCUCGUCUGUGUGUUCGUCCAGCGUGGCCACACAGUGGGUGGGCAAAGUGCCCUGCGGACAGGUGUGGUCCUGACACAGAGUCAAUCAAGGCCACACCACCAACCAAAUGAAUGAAUGGAUCAGGUGUCUGUCUGUCUGCCUGUCUGUCUGCCUGUGUGCCUGUCUGGCUGGCUGGCUAGCUUACCUGCAGUAGGCUGAAAGAGCUGGUGUUCCUGUUGUGGUACACACAGUGCAUCUGGCAACACAACCAACGCACACCACACACACAAAUGCAGCUGCACACACAAUCCCAAGCCCAAGCCGGAGCCCAAGCCCGAGCCCCACCUCUUGCAGCUUCCACGCUUGAUGGAGCAGCACCUGACCAACACACACCACACCCCCACACCAUGAGCAGGAUCGUCUGCCCUUCCUUGUCCUGCUCUGUCCUACGGCGAGCCUCCUCGGCGGAACGACCACUUCGGGCGGGAUGAGGUCCACCAUCCGCUGCCACAGCAGCUCACGAGAACCCUACAGCAGCCACACAACACACACGACAGACACACACACGAUGAUAGCGCGCACCAUUUCUGCCCAUGCCGAUGCAUAUGCUGGAUGUCAGCUCCUUACCUUGUAGGUCCACUCUGCCCUCCCCUGCAGGUCAUCUGGAUCCUGACACAUCAGGUAACUGACAUGACACACCACGCCACGCAACGCAAUGCAGCCAACACAUCACACGACAGUGGUUCACACGCGACGCGGGCCGUUCCGUUAGUCACCUACCUGCUGCACUUGUGGAGGCGGUCGGUCGACUCGGCGUCGAAACACGCAUCAGCCAACUCACCUGCACACAACACAUCACAACACAACACAACACAGCACAACACAGCACAGCACAGAACAACGGACCGUCUCGGUAUCCUCCAGCCCGGCAUGUAAUGGUUGGUUCUCACUCACUUCUGAGGCAGUCGAGGGCGUCAAAAAUCUGCUUGUCGUAGAGCAGCUCUGAUUCACACACACACACACCCCAAUCCCUCAUCGCCCGUCCGCCACCCCCAUCUGCACACACACACACACACACACACACGUACCUAAGUACUUCUGCUCCAGGACAAGGAAGUGACACGCCUGAACACACAAACCACCAACCACAUCACUCUCCCUCCCUCUUUCUCUCUGUGGGCGUGUGUGUGUGUGUGUGCGCCAUUCCCUCCCUCCCUCCCACCUGUCCGACGGGGUCCUGGAAGUUGAGUUUGCUGAGUGCCUCCCUCACGCCUCGCCAGUUGCCCUUGAGCACCGACUCGUGCAGGCUCUUGACGUCCACACCCUCCAACACCAUACCAGACUCACUCUCCAGCACAUCCAUCGCAUUCCUGACACAGCACACAAACCACCACCACCACACACGGGGCGUGUGUGUGUGUGGUUGGCUGGGUGAGGCUUUCACAGCGCACCUACCUGUAGCCGAGUGCGUCGAGUGUUUGAAGUAUGAGUAGGAUGAGCUCUCGUCGCGGCAGCCCCUCCCAGUGGUCUGGGGCGUUGCGCGAGUAGGGCAGCCCGCUGCCAUCCCGCGGCGAGGAAGACGCAGCACCGUUGGGAAGCGCCAUAGGAAGAACCUAUGAAUAGCAGCAACACACACAACACAACACAACACGAAGCCCAUGUUCGACACAUGACAAGACUGAUGAAUAAGACGUCUGUUUGUUUCUGCCUGCAGCCCAUCCAUCCAUCAGCAGAGGCCUGGCCUCUUCCUCUCUGUGUGUGAUCUGCCUGUCUGUCUGGUUGGCUGUGUGUGUGUGUGUGUUUCCUCCCUCCCCCCCUCUCUCUCUCUCUGACCUUGUGACGUUUGAUCCCGUCAGCCUGUCCGUCCUCUCCUUCCUCGGACUUGCGCUUGCCGGGGCUAUUGGAGAAUGAGGAGCAUCUCAUGUAGAUUGACUGACGAAUCAACACCCCGACCCGACACAACCACUACCCAAACAGCCACACGAGGGAUGGAGCAAACUCGCGACUCGACUGUCACAUCGGGAGGCUCCUGUGGGGCUGCUUGCACUGCGCUCGCAGUUCCUGCCAAGUGGUUUUAGGCUCGCAAGAC